AUGCUACAGUCCUCCUUGUCAGGAUGGCUGAAGAAGCCAGCAGCGAGCAAGGACAACGUCCAGCCACCACCACCGCCUCCACCAGCCUCAGCCGUACCAAAGCGGCCUCCACCACCCCCGAAAUCCAUCUCCGCACCACCCCGCAUGCCUGUGAAUCGCGCACCAUCCAGCACCACGCCCAUGCCCAAGACAACAGACCAGUGGAACGACAUACCAGAAGACUUCUUGUCGGCGCCAUCGUCACGGCCGCGGUCGAAGAAGAGUCCGCGACCGUCCGCGACAGGUACACCAGCGAACAUGUCGAGAGUGCCUACGCCUACAGCACUUUCAAGCGAAACACCUUCCACCACCACUGAGACAACCUCGACAGCUGUGUCAUCACCUCCAGCACCGACUCCCCAUGCCUCGCUACCAUCGCUGUUCUCUCUGCGACCACUGCCACCAAAUGUCGAGCUCGCGCCGCUCACAGACGAGCAUCUCGAUGCGUUCAAACGCCUAAACGCCCUCACACUGCCCAUACCCUAUCCCGAGAGCUUCUACAAAGAGACCAUGACGGAACCGCACCACAGUAUAACUCUGAUGGCCCUGUGGCACUCGGCGUCCGAGGAAGACACGGAAGAAGAGAAGGAGAAAGCAAAGCCGCGCCUCAUAGGCGCCAUCCGGUGCCGUCUGCUCCCUUCCUCGCAGCUGUACAUCAGCACCAUCGGCAUGUUGUCGCCCUACCGCACACACGGUAUCGCCAUGCACCUGCUUCAGGCAGUCGUCAAGAAGGCCGUGGCAGAGCACGGGGUGAGGUGCGUGACGGCGCACGUGUGGGAAGCGAACGAGGAGGGGCUGGAAUGGUACCAGAAGAGGAAGUUCGAGAUACUGGGCAAGGAAGAGGCGUACUACAGGAAGCUGAAGCCACAGGGCGCGUUUCUCGUCAGGAAAUGGAUCGGUGUCGGGGAUCUGUUGGGGAACGGAGAGAAGGAGAAGGAGAAGGAAAGCAACGGUCACUCGUAG